AUGGUUUUCGACAGUAACUUUGCAGAUAGGCUUUAUGAUGUGAUUGACUAUACAUGCGACGAAAGUAUUCCAAGUGAUCGCAUAAUAUUCAGAAACUUUGUUAAAACCUGCGAUCCAGCCAGUGAAAUAAAACCCCAAGAAACUGCAAAGAAAAACAGCGCAAAGGCGAAGAAACCCGAGGACAAAAAGAAAAAAUCCGCAAAAUUCACUCUGCAAAUGCAAGGGGAGAUUUUCUUUACCGACGUCGAUCCAGUAUUUAAACUGGAAACCCCCAUCAGCAAACUGCGGAAAACGUUCAUUAUCCCACACGUUGAAAAUUUGCUAACAAGAUUUCAAAAAAUCUACCUAAACCCCCUUAUAAUCAAAGUGAUUUCGAUCAAAAACUUUCCCGAAGAGCAUCUGAAGGACAGUGGAUUUACUGAAAUCUACUGCAAAUACUCGAUACCCAGCAUAGCAGACUGUAGAACCAUCGAAAAACCCCUGAACAAUUCCAUUCAUUUUAUGGAAUCCCAUAUAUUUCCGAUGCAAAAUUUGCCAAAAAUUAAGCUGUUGGAAUUCUUAGAGACCCGCAGGAUCGUGGUGGAAGUUUAUGGGGAGCAGCGCUACCAAAAUGAAGAGGACAAUGUGAAAGCAAGGGACGUGUUUUUGGCCUACUGCUCGUAUGAUUUGAGCUCGCUGUUGAAGAACGUUUGGGACUUUAGAGGCAAGGAGCAACUGCAUUCGGGGGAAAGUCGGAUUUUUCAUACCGGCUUGCAAGAGCUGACCGAAAGCGACUCCCUGGCUGUGGACCAAAUAAAUCUGGCAGGUUUAGUUUCGAACCUUCCGCCCAAAUCCCCAUUGAAAGAAUGGGUUUUGUUGGAGAAAAACACUGUGCUUAAUCUGGAAGCUUAUCUGCUAUCCCCCCAAUCAGCCGCCCUGGUUUUGCAUCAAGUGCCCAACACCUACAAAGGGCUGCUGCUUAUUGUGACUAAUAAGGAACUCGCAAGGGACUGGUUUAGCAACAUUUCCAUCCACAACCAGAAUAUUGAAUGCGGAGGCUUAAAACCCGAAGACAUCCUGACUGGGUUCGUUAUCGACAACGGAAAUGCAUUUGUUCUGUACGUCGAAGGGCCCGCAGUGGGAUUAAUUUUGAAUCUGUGGCAAGACUUGGAGCUGUUCACCCCCGAAGAUGGCAAAGUCUUCUUCAAUACGGACCAAACAUACGAAAACCGCCUUUACAACAUCGGCAGUAAAUGGACUGGCUUUUACGUUAUCAACAUGAAAAUUCCCUUGGAAUGUAUUUUUAAGAACCCAACAAUUUAUAUCAAAGGAAACACUCCACUACCAUGUCAGAAGGCUCUGAUCAAGCUGAAUCUCAUGUUCCUGACAGACACAAUGAAAAUCAUGUUCCAGCAGGAUUUGUUCCCCACGAUCGACGAAUUGGUGAGUUUGGACAUUGAGUAUGGAGUCCCGUACGCUUGGAACCAACUGCAAAGCUCCAAUAGCAGUGAGACGACGGAAGAAAUCGGUCUUGAGCAAAACGAAAACGACCUUCUAUGAACAGACCAGUUUCUGCAGCGGGGCUUAAAGAAUUUGACCCACAAAAACAAUUACGAAUUUAUUCAUCAAAGAUAUCUUGGUAUAAAAAACAAAGACAUAAUUUUCUCCA